CCCGCCCCGCCGCCCAUGUGGCUGCAGCAGCGGCUGAAGGGGCUGCCGGGGCUGCUGUCCAGCAGCUGGGCGCGGCGGCUGCUGCUGCUGCUGCUGCUCCUCCUCGUCGCCUGCUGGUACCUGGGGGCGCGGCGCGGCGGGCGGCGAGGGGCCGAGCCCCGGGGAGCCGCCGCCCUCUGCCUGCAGGCGGCCACGGGGCCCUGGCGGGGCCAGGCGGAGCGCGGCGAUGCGCUGCCGCUGCCGGGCGGUGGUGAGGGGGACGAGGAGGGCGGCGACGGCGGGCCGAAAGCGGGCCUGGCGCUGGCCGGGAACGGCUUCCUGCUGCUGGACGUGGCCGCCGGGCGGCUCUGGGUGUGGGCGGCGGGUAACGGAGGCGGCCCGGCGCUGCCCACCGAGUACCCGGCGCUGGUGAGGCUCAGGGCGCUGGGGGGCCGCGGCGAGGCUCGGGCGGCGCAGGCGGCGCUGCGGGACGGCGCCGUGCGGAGGGUGCGCUGCGUGCAGAUGGGCUCCGGGCCGAGCGGCAGCCCCGGGGAGUGCGUGACGGUGCGGGAGGAGGUGGUGGCCCACCGCAGCCGGCCGCACCUCUACCUGCAGCGCAUCCGCGUCGCCAACCCCACCGACAGGGUGGUCACCUUCGAGGCGGCGGGCCCGGCUCCACGCCCUCGCUGGGCAGCCUUCGCUACCAGCGUGGAGAAGGCGGAGGAGCGGCAGUUCCUGCUCUCCUCUGGCCGCCUGCUGCUGGCCGGGAGCUCCAGGGUGGUUCUCAUGGUAGUGGCCGCCAAGAAGCUUGUGAGCCGGGUGCAGGUGGCACCCAAAUCCCACUUUGACGAAACUGUGCUCUCUGUGGUGUACACCUCGGAGCCAAUCGAAGUCGCCAGGCUGGAGGAGACCUUCAGCAAGUUGAGGGAGUCGGCCAGGAAAGAGAUGCUGGAGGUGAUGCAGAUGGGGGUGGAAGAUCUUUUCCAGGAGCAUCAGCAGACCUGGUCAGACCUGUUUAUUUCAGGCAUUGAAAUGAGAAAGAUCACAGAUUCACAUACACCAUCAAGUGCGACUGUUAACAUGACCCUCUACUAUAUGCUGUCCAGCAUGCCAGCUCCUCUGCUAGAUCCAGUCAUUAGCAGUGAGGACAGAGAAAAAAUGGAAGCCAGCUUGAACUAUGCUGACCAUUGCUUCAGUGGCCAUGCGACCAUGCACGCAGAGAACCUGUGGCCGGCAAAGCUGACCAGUGUCCCCCAGAUCCUGCAGCUCUCGGACCUGUGGAAGCUAACUCUCCAGAAACGGGGAUGUAAGGGUCUUGUGGCAGCUGGGGUCCAUGGACUUAUGCAGGGCAUGGUGCUUAGUUUUGGAGGUCUGCAGUUCACAGAAAACCAUCUUCAGUUUCAGGCUGACCCGGAUGUACUUCAUAACAGCUAUUCCUUACGUGGGAUCCAUUACAACAAGGAUUUGAUUAACCUCGCUGUUCUGCUGGAUGCUGAAGGAAAGCCCUUCUUGCAUGUGUCUGUGAAAUUCCAAGAUAAGCCAGUUAGACUCUAUGCGUGUGAGGCAGGCUGUCUGAAUGAGCCGGUGGAGUUAACCUCAGAGGCACGAGGUCAUACGUUCCCCGUCAUGGUGACUCAGCCCAUCACACCACUGCUUUAUAUAUCGACAGAUUUGGUCCACUUGCAGGACCUGAGACACACACUCCAUCUAAAAGCUAUUCUGGCUCAUGAGGAACACAUGGCCAAGCAAUACCCGGGCUUACCCUUCCUGUUCUGGUUCAGCGUGGCCUCCUUGAUCACACUGUUUCACCUGUUUCUGUUCAAGCUCAUCUACAAUGAAUAUUGUGGGCCAGGAGCCAAGCCGCUGUUCAGGAGUAAGGUGUAAGGCUGCUGCUUCUGGCUGCUCUCUUCUGAAUGUCACCAGUCUAUUCUUGUCAGCCGUGCCUAGGGAGGUUCUCUCUGCAAGGCUUUUCAGUCUCUCAGAACAAGUGAUCUGUGACCUCUUCUUGCAAGAAGUAGGGUUAGGGCAGGGAUUGGAGCGAUAGGGCUCACAAAUACUAAAAAAGAUAAAUUCAUUGUCAGUCCUUAAACAUUCAUAAGGCUGCAGAUUAAGGCAGAUACAACUUUUCUGUCACUUUUCCACACAUUGGUGUAGGACAUAGCCUGUAUUUAAGCAAACAGUUGCAGCUGUGUCCCUUGAGAAUGUUUCUUGUUAAGCUGUAUGGAGGUGCUUUUGAGAGCGCUGCUGCGCAUGUCUUUUACUGCUGUGUGGGAGAUGUGCACGUUUGUCUGCCUGGUUUGAAUGCGUGUCCUGACACGUGAGAACACAAAUGCAAACUAAUGUUCUUAGGUCAAGGUGCUGAACCGUUGGGACUACUGGUUAAUGUUUAUGCAGACACUGCAAUCCUCCAUCAUGCCACAUCACCACCAUCAUUUUGGGAAAGUGCAGCUUUAAGAAAAGCACUGAGUGCAUUUACUGUGAGUUGGAGGUUCUGACUUCAAGCGUCUCUCACUUUGGUGCAAAAGAUUUGAAAUGCUUGUUUUGAGUUGACUAGAAAACUUGGUUGCUAGUAAUAACUUAGUACAGAACAGACACUAGACAAGCAAUUUCUGCUCUCGGUACUGGUACUUUGUGUGUUUAUACAGAACAGAAAUGAAAAACAAGACUGGAUUUGUUGUGUGAGCAGGCAAUCUUGUUCAGAGGGAUCUUUAGGGUUGGACAGCUCAAUCUGGCCUUUUUUUUUUUUUUGAAGACACAGUUAAAUAGAGCUGUCAGAGGAAAAGUUCAGGGUUUGGAAUGCCCUGUUUAUCCAAAUCAUAAAAGCAAAUUAAAUUUUGCCUAAGGCUGGGCAAGAAGUGCUGGACUAAUGAUGAUGGUCAGUGCUUAAGCGGUGUCUAAGAUGAGUUGGCCAUUUUCCUGACAGCUCUCUGGUUUUGUAAUGUUGAGCAUUGCAAAUCUGGCCCCAUCCUAGCAGGUCUGAAUACCUGUUAUCCAUUGAAAGAAUGAGAUGGAAGGUGCUUGUGGCUAGACAAACUAACCGAGGAAGAGGUAGAAAAGAUACGUGUAUCAAAGACAACUGAAGUUGCAAGCCUAUGAUGAUGAAACCUUAGUGCAAAAGGAGGAAGUGGUAAGGAAGUAAUUUGAAUUACUGUGUAUACAGCUGCAUCUGGAAAUGUUCCCUUGAAAUUAUAAAAUUAUGUCCUUUUUUCACUGCUGUCUGGUUGCCUUUGUCAUCUACAAGACUUGCCUUCUGCCUUUUACAAAAUAACUUGUUAACCAUGACUACAGGUAACUGUCCCUGACCUUAUUUUCUGAAGUAGCAAGAAACUUCAUAGCUACAUGCCAGGGCUGACUUAACUCUUUACUCUUCCUUCUUGAAAUUGCAAAAAGCCUUGCAGUGUACAGCAAACAAGUCUGCUGCCUGGUCUUAAUUAGACCUACUUAAAAUGAAGAUGUUGCAGAAUUCAAUUUCAAAAACAGGGAUGAAGUGGAAGCCAGCUGAAGCUCAAAAUCUCCACAGCAGUAAGCAAGAUUAAUGGUGUUGAAAUAGCACCUUGUUUUAUUAAUUGAAUGGGAAUAUCCCAGUGUCUGAGUGAACUUAGUCCUGCUUUCAGCCUCCAUUUGCACAAUACAUCUGACAAUUUUGCAGCUGAGAACAAGGACCUUUUGAAAGCAACAAUCCUUUUGUGCCUUGUUAAGAAAGGAAUCUGAGACUUGGAACAUGUGGUUAUUCAAGAGUUUAUCCCAGAAACUUGUAUAACAGAUGUUUCUUUUUCCUUGUAAGCUGUUGUGUUCCCUAAGAGUAAUCCAUUUGGUGAAAAUACUUGAAGAUAUACCGAAUCCUUUGAUAAUUUGAUUUUUUUUUAAUCCCACAGGAAACUAAAGAAUAAUGAUUCCCAUCAGAGAGUUAACUUAACGAGAAAACUUUAGUAUAACUUCCUUUCUGGUAUACAUUUUUUAAUUUAUUGCUUGGGGGGGGUUGGGGGAGAUGUUAAUAAUUUUGCCUCCAGUUCAGUAACAAGUCAGUCAAUUGAACUGUAGAUAUCUAAGUGCAGGUAACAUUUUUCAGCCUUUAUGAUUGUAGAGUGCAAAAUCAGUUUAAGGAAAUUGUUUUCUGGACUUACACUUGGAAAUGCUAAUCUUCAGGUUUCCUAUUCUGAGCAUAUUGAGACUUUGUGCAUUAAUUUGUUUUGGCUAUUGGGGAAGACAUCUCACUUUCUAGUGAUUUAAAGGUUGUUUGGUUUUCAAAUACCAAAGCUGUUGUUUCUAAAUAAAUACCUUUUAGUCUAACCUGA